UUUACUGGAAAACAACACCAAUCUGGCACUCCCUCAUGAAUAUUUGUCAUGGGUAAAGACCUCCUGGAGCUACUACACUUGUGUGGUGACGUCCGUUCUGCAUACCCAUUGUGAAGAUGGAAGGAAGAGGAAGACGCCAUUGUAAAUCCAGAAAAUUCACACAGCCGCAGCUUUAGCUUUCCUGUUUUUCAUACCUCACAUGAAUAGGUCAAGGAUGGCAGAAGAGGAAGGUCAUGCGUUAUAGCAGAAUACAGAGGUACAAACAUCGGAAUGCCACAGGCUGUUUUGCUGUUGCUUUUCCUGCUGGUGCUCAUGGGAUAUGCUUUUGCAGGGCUCAGCAUCUGGCCCUCCUUUUACAUCGCCCUUAGCAACGCCAGUGUGUUUGUGGACUUCAGUGUGAAACCCAACAACAGUACCAUCCUUCAGAGGAGCCUCUCUCUGGUUAACACGGGAACCAACUCCACCCUUCUCACCAGGAUUCUUUCUAAUGACCUAUCGACAGGCAGGGUGGAGUUCAACUGUUCUUGCUUCCUCUAUGCUGGAACGUUCCGGUUCCUGCUGAGGCAGACCAGCAUCACCACUGUUCCUCCUGUUAAUGGGACAAACAGUGGUGGUGUGCAGAGCAUCACCCAGUGGUGGAGUUCAGAACUGCAGGUGCAAUGGCCAACUUUUCAUAUUGCUGUGGAGAGGGCUGGAAACCACUCUGGGUCCUUUCAGGUUGGAAUAUCUACCAAUGAGCACUUCCAGGCUUGCUCUAGCGGCCUAGAUUCUGCUCUCUUUCUAGAGGUUAGCUUCAUGGAGUAUAACCAGAUUGGACGAAACAACAUCGACAAGGUCCGAACCCGCACACGACAUCCAAUCAAACCCCUCCGUUCCCAGACUCUUGAGCUGCCCUGUGCAUUUCCCUUCACAGAAAGAGACUUCAUACGAGUGGCUCUGAGGUCCCCUCAUACAGCUCAAGAAGUGAAAAGCUCAGGCCCUCUGUACUUGUCUCGCAUCUUCUCUUAUAAACUGUCAGUGGAAAAUGCGAAUGCUUACAGGAGUGGAUGUGAAGGGACAAUGACUGUUAAACUCACAACUCCACCGUGUGCUCACAUAAAUGGAAAAGUAUUGCUCUAUAAGGAUACCGGGGUUGGAAGGGGUGUAGCGGUUUCUUCUGGGAUGGGGACAGGAGGAACGGCACUGAUGGGGUUUGGAUCAGAGGAACCUUCUUCUCCUCCACUGGCAUUCAACUGGCUGACUCAGGGAGAAAAUGAGACAGAAUUUAACUGUUCUGUAUUUUACCCCGGAAGGAAUAAAUAUUGCUUUCGGUUUGUUUUCAACUUCAGUCGCUCCCCAAGUCCAGCACAGACUUGUUUGGUUGUUCAUAGGAGUUCAGAAUCAUGGGGUCCGUGGCAGCCUUGGAGUGUGUGCAGUGUGAGUUGUGGAGAGGGCGUGAGAGAAAGAAUCCGUGAGUGUUUGCUGCCCUCGGGUGUAGGAGGGCUGCAGUGCACUGGCAUGGUCAAAGAGCAAUCCCUCUGCUCACUGGAGGACUGUGUCGAAUUACCUGCUCCUUCUCCUUCCCUUCCACCUGUGCAAGUUGGCUCUGCGCCCUUAGGCGGUAAUGUGGUAGUCGUGGCCGGCAUUUCCCUUUGCCUGGCUGUGAUUUUGGCUACGGUCGUUAUAACGGUGUGGAGAAAGUUUUGCCAGGCUCCACCGUGCAGCUCUGUUCGUAGAGGCUCCAUGCAUUCCCCCGGUGGGAGGAAGUUAUCAGACGAGGCCUCCAUUUGUGGGAACAGCCUCCAGAGACCCAGUUUGUCUGACAACCAUGCUGCACCUGGAGGCCCAGGUAUGAAAGACAGGCCUCCCCUGGGUAGUCAGCCUGUUACACAGACCAUGGUUAUACCUCUAUCACAGGACCCAGAAAGGCUGUCUCCCAGUGGUCAGAAGAUGCUUCCACCCAUAUUUGGGUACCGUUUGGCUCAGCAGCAAUUAAAGGAAAUGAAGAAGAAGGGCUUAAAGGAGGCAACACAGCUCUACCAUGUGUCUUCAAGUCCAGUCCAUGACACUUUGGUAGAGACAUCGGUUUCUCCUACCCAUUCUCCUACUUCCUCACCUACUGGAUUUACUCAUUCUGCACUAACGUUAGGCCUCCAAGAUGACCCCAACUACAACCAUUUUCGCAUAGCCGCUCCUUUUUCUGAGUUCCCAUCGCCAGCUUCUAUGACCACGUCGGACAGACUGAGUCCCAGAGUGGAGGUGGUCUUGGGUCCACCUGUUUCCGGCCACACAAGUAGAGGUAGCACAAAGUGGCGUGACCGCACUGCAGACUGGGUGGAGAUGGUAGAGAGGAGUGGGUUGGCAAGUCUCAGACCAGGAGGAGUUGUAGGAGGUGAAAACUCCUACCACAGGAAUCCAAAUUUCCGCCGAACCUCAAGUUUUAAUGACACCAAACCUCAGCUUCCAGCUUCUGCGCUCUCAAGACAGUUCAGAGAACGGAGCAUGACCCAGGUGGGAUCUCGUACCCUCCCAGAAGGCAGCUGUUGGACCAAAGGAGGAAGGGACAGGCAGCAGUGUCCUCCUUUUGCAGAGACUGUGGCGUCGGAGUGGGUUAAAUCCAGAUCCCAGAGAAAUGACCAAAAGAAGCCAUGGACAGAAACACCUGCUUCUUAUCAAAACAGUGAAAUCAGGCAUACAGGCACCAACACAAACAUGAUCUCAACAUCUGAAAGAAAUAAUAAAGCAAACCUUAAUGUCGUAGUGGAAAGAAACCGGCAAUGUGAGACACGAGGACAGGGAAUCUCAGGGAUCGGGGGUCCAGCCGUGGGGCCUGCGAUUCCUUCCCAUGGAGGGAAUCACUUGAGUCUCGGUCGAGCAGAACGGGCUGAGCAGAACUGGAACCGUCGCGGUCCAUCUCCUAUCCAGAGAAACAUCCUGGCCCGGAAAUUAAAGGAGGCCCAGUCUAGCUCUGGGGUCAAGGGUCGCCAGCGGAGCUCCACCUUUAGUGUAUCGUCAUUGGAGCAGAGGAAAAAUCGCUGCCACUCUCUGCCGAUGUCUGGAGACUGUAGCAGUAGCGGCGGCGGUUCUCCUUAUAGGCUGAGUGAAGCAGAGCAGAAGAUGUUGGACCUAGAUCUAUCCUCAGCAGGAGAAGGAGUAGCGGAGUAGAUCACAAAGGUGUAUGUGUUCGUAACAAUAGUCGCUUUUCCAUUGACCCUCAAAUUGCGCAAAUAUAACUUCAGCAUAGAAAUUUGCCUAAUGGAAAAAUGACAAUUUCGUCAAAAGUCUCAUUUUUUGAUU